AAACGACUGUAGAGAGGUAGUUUUUAAGUCUGAAUAUGUUUUGUUUAUGAACAGUGCAAUUGAUAAAUUCAGUUACGAAUUAAUUAUUUUUUCGUGUUAAUUAUUAUUGUGUAUUUACUUUAGUCACAGUAAAAGAACAUUGUAAGUUUCGCUGUAACCUAGUGCGGCUGUCUUACCGAGUUUGAGGUGAACGUGUUAAACAUGCUUCCCCUAUAAAAUUAUGUUUUGGCGUAACUACAUCUUUAUCAAAUAGUUGCAGUGAGUUGUAAAAUAAUGGAAAUUGUGUUCUAGUAAUAAUUAAAUACAUUUAUAUACUUAUAUAAACAUACGUUUCCAGUUUAGAAGUGCAGUUCAGAGGAUGAGUUGCGAUAGACCAUGUGAAAUGUUUAGAGAGAGAGGGAAACUUUACAGGGGAGAGGGAGAAGGGUAGAAAGGCCUGUGAUGCGCGUCGCAGCGUGACACUGCCCCCGUGCGACCAUGAGGAUCGUGGCGAUGAAGAGAAGCAGGGUGUUGCGACUGGUGGCCGUGGCUGCUCUCAUGGUCGUGUUCCUGUAUGUUUUCUUCGUUCACUCGAGCAGUGGCGACGCGUUCCCCUCCCCGCAACGACUCAAGUCUUCGAAGCCAAGAAAGCCCCCGCAGCUGGCGGAGGCGCUGGGCAACUUUGAGCCGGAGAAGGCGGAGUCUCGGGAGGGGCCCGGGGAGGGGGGCAAGCCCCACCUGCUGCGCGAGGACCAGCAGAACGACGCGUCCCAGUCGCUGUCGGAGUACGGCAUGAACAUGGUGUGCUCGGACGAAAUUGCCAUGGACCGCAGCAUCCCGGACACCCGUCUGCCCGAGUGCAAGCACUGGGACUACCCGCCGGACCUGCCCAAGGUGAGCGUGAUCGUGGUGUUCCACAACGAGGGCUGGACGACGCUUCUGCGCACCGUGCACAGCGUGAUCGACCGGUCGCCUCCCCAGUUCCUGCACGAGGUGCUGCUGGUCGAUGACUUCAGCGACAAGGAGCACUUGAAGGACCGGCUGGACCGCUACAUCGAGAGGUUCGGCGGCAAGGUGCGGCUGGUGCGCAACAAGGAGCGGGAGGGGCUGAUCCGCACGCGCUCCUUCGGGGCCCAGGAGGCUCGCGGGGAGGUGAUCCUGUUCCUGGACGCCCACUGCGAGGUCAACGCCAACUGGCUGCCGCCCCUGCUCGCGCCCAUCUACCUCAACAGGACAGUGAUGACAGUUCCUGUGAUCGAUGGCAUCGACCACAAGACGUUCGAGUACCGGCCGGUGUACCAGGACGGCCACCACUACCGUGGUAUUUUUGAGUGGGGAAUGCUGUACAAGGAGAACGAGAUACCUGCAAAGGAAAUAUCCAGGAGACAACACCACAGCGAACCUUACAAAUCACCCACUCAUGCAGGGGGCUUGUUUGCUAUCAACCGCGAGUAUUUCUUGUCUCUAGGGGCAUAUGAUCCGGGCCUCCUGGUGUGGGGCGGUGAGAACUUUGAGCUGUCCUUCAAGAUCUGGCAGUGUGGCGGCAGCAUCGAGUGGGUGCCCUGCUCCAGGGUGGGACACGUGUACCGCGGGUUCAUGCCCUACACGUUUGGGAAGCUGGCCUCCAAGAAGAAGGGACCCCUCAUCACCAUCAACUACAAGCGGGUGAUCGAGACGUGGUUCGACGAGGCCCACAAGGAGUACUUCUACACGCGGGAGCCCCUGGCCAGGUUCCUGGACAUGGGCGACAUAACCGAGCAGCUGGCCCUGAAGCAGCGGCUGCACUGCCGCAGCUUCCGCUGGUUCAUGGAGAACGUGGCCUACGACGUGUACGACAAGUACCCGGCGCUGCCGCCGAACCUCCACUGGGGCGAGCUCCGCAACCAGGCCAGCGAGACGUGCAUGGACACCCUGGGCCACGGGCCGCCCAGCCUCAUGGGCAUGGGGCACUGCCACGGCUUCGGCAACAACCAGCUGAUGCGCCUCAACUCGAAGGGCCAACUGGGCGUGGGUGAGCGCUGCGUAGAGGCAGACUCCCAGGGCCUGAAGCUGGUGUUCUGUCGGCUGGGGACCGUGGACGGCCCCUGGCAGUACGAUGAGAAAAAGCAAACCCUCUACCACCGUGUUCACAAGAAGUGCGUGGCUCUGCACCCUCAGACCUCCCACCUCUCGCUCAUGCCGUGCGACAGCGUGAACAGCUACCAGCAGUGGGUGUUCCAGGAGAUACGCCCCAAGUGGUGACCACACAUUCCAUCAAAAUUUAUAUUUUGAUACCUGACUGAACUUUUUUGUGCAUUCAAAAACUCUGUGAAUGCAUCAUAUCAAGUUUCAACAAGUACGUACUUUCAUACUUUUGUAUGUUGUACUUUAAUAAUGUAUUUUUGGAUGUGUUAAUGCUGCAGCAUUCUUUUUAAAAGUGUCAAUUUUAUUUUAUAAGUUUUUUAUUUUAGUAGAUAUGGAGUUUCAGUUAAUGACAGUACAGUGCAAAAAGAUGUACCAGAAUAACAUAUGUGAAUGCUUCAUUUAUAUUAAAAUAAAGUUUGGAAGUGAAAUAACAAGUGUAAAUUUAGAAAUGCUUGUACUUAAUGAAAUAUUGGCUGUAAGUUCCUGAAAAACUCUUAGACUUUGCCAGGGUGGUUGAUAAAAUGUAAGUUGUGUUUGCAACAAAAAAAAAAAAUUGAACAAAAUUCCAGUGCAUGUAUUAUUAAAGCAAUUAAAUCUUGCGAUACGUUAAUCAGGUGGGCUAUGAUGCCCGCCAAAUUAAAUGAAAACGGCGGAAAGCCAUGUUAUUUUGAGCCUAUUUCUUCUCAACCAUGCACACACACUCAUGCAUCACUCUCCAAGUCAACACUAGUAUUUGACUCUUCUUUCACAGGACUGUAUGUACAUUAUUAAAAUACCAUUGUUAUUAUCUUAGGAUUCUUGUAGUCUUUUGCAUAAUAGUUCAAUUGCUCUGGUACUGAUAGCUGAAAUUAUUUUAAAUAUUUUUUUUAAUAUUAAAUCAUUAAUUAAUUAUAUUGAUAUUCUAUGCUCUCCUUAAAAUGAGUGCAUUAAUUCUAACUAAAGGGGUGGUUGGUUGUGAAUAGUAAUUUAAUUGAUAAAUGAUAAUGUUAAACAAAUGCGAGAAAUGUGAAAACCCAACCUGUUAACAUCGACAGCUGUUUUGACUUUUGUAAUCUGAUUUCUAGGAGUAGUAAAAUGUGUUAUGGUCUUGUUUUUCAUUACAGUGGAAUCUCAUUAUAAUAAACUCGUAUUACAUAAGAAUUGGUACUUAAUAUUGAAAUUACUUUAUACUGAUGUGUAAAACAUCAGAUAGACUUAUGAACAUGUAGAUUGUAAAGUGAAAAAUCCUUUGAAUUGAGGUACUUUUUAAUGAAGUUCCACUGUAUUAUAUGCUAAGAAUUGUUUUUGUGUGCGUGAAAUUGUGAUUGCUUUAUUUAAAUGCAUUUAAUUUGUUAGUGUGUCAGAGAAAUUUUUAAUCUUGUUAAAUUAUUUGUAUUUUUUAAAGGAGUGUAAAACCCUUGCAAGAAAUUUUGAAAAUUCAGAGAAAAUGGAAGCACUUUUAUGAGUUAUUGCUUAUGAUGGCUGAGACAAGUACCUACAUGAAAACAAGAAUAUUCCAGGGAGUUAAAUAGUUGCAGAGAAAACCUGUAACUGUCAGGAAAUCUAGUAAUUUAAUUCUGUAACAGAAAUUGUGAUGACAAGUUGUUAAAAUAAUGUACAUUUUCUAACAGUUUGACAGUCAGUAUUACAAGACAAACCAUCCAAUCGUUAGAUGUAUGUUACUUCUCAAUGACUUUGUGAUAUCAAUUACUGAUGUGAUUUUGCUCGUCUGUUGCAUUAGUAAUCCAUUAUUUGAUUAUUGUAUACAAACCGAGACAAAGACUACAACCGUAAAGACCACUAUGACUGAAUGUUUCAGAAAAACUAUUAAUUUGUUUUUGUUUCAUAAUACAUAUUUACCGCUUGCAUCAUCAGCCUACGUGUUUAACCAUGGACUAAACCACUAAACAUUUGCAGUUAACAUAUUUUGUUUUUGGCAUGUUUUCUACAAAUACUGUUAAAUUUUUGCACUUAUGUUUUGCUAAGCAGGGUUGCUGGGUAUUAUUGACGGAUGAUGUUCAAUAUUGUAUUGUCUUACAAAAAAGUCUUUGGUUUUUAGCUGGUUUAAGUCCUGUGUAGUGAUGUCUGUUCUAUUUUUUUUUUCGGUUCAGUUCCGGUUUUGGGUUCUCAGUUUAAGGUUAACCUUCACACAAUUUCAAGUCCACCAAAAAUACGGAAUGUCCUAAUAUUGUGUGUUUGUUUAAUAUGACUUACCAGCAUCCCACUUUACUAUAAUCCAACCACAAACAAGUCACUUCACAUUUCACUAGAUGCUGGAGCAACACUUCCGACAUCCUGUAGCACAGAAAUAUCUAGUAAUACAUAUUAACAAUUUUUUUUCUUCUCUGAAUCAGUAUUUAAUCUAGGCACACCAAUAAAAUAAAUUGUGUGAUAAAAAUGUAAGUAUAUGUUCACAAGUGAUUUUAAUUAUAAAAUAAAUAAAUUAUAAAAUCAAUACUGCGAUAGUAACACAACAAAAUAAUUGCAAGUUAUGUACUUAUUAUAAUGGCCAAGGGAUGGACCCCCCCCCCUCCCCCCAAAGUUAACGAAGGUUGGUUAAAAGAGUAUAUUGACACAUGAUAUGUUGGUUGCAUUGUAAGUAAUUUAGGGAGGCAAAAGGAUAAGGAAAUACCUACAGUUAAUGAGUAUUAUCAACUUUAAGUCGUGUUUGUGGGUUUUGUUUUAAAUUUUAAAAAAUGUACAAUGAGCCUGUGUUAAAUUCCAUAGGUCUACAUUCAGGUGAAAUAAUCAUCCCUGUCUCAUAGUGAAAAGAGAGAAAAAUAAAAAAAAGUGUGCGUGUGGAGUCCAUGCACGACAUAAGUGCUACUUCCUGCUUAUUAGGUACAGAGGAGUAGACAAACACACGCGAUGUUAUGAGAAUUCCGUAGCAUCACUGCUGCGUCGUUUCUACCCUUUCCCCUGCCGUCUCCCCUUCCGGACGUUACAAUUAGCAUACAGCAUGCUACGCUAUGUACAUUUCCUCUUCCUCCUCCCCUUCUCCUUUUUGCAGUCUUCCCAUUCGACAGCUAGCGCAUGCAUUGAAGUGGCUCGCCGCUGACGCACUCUCGAAAUGCUUGAAAAUCGUAGCCCUUCGGCAAAGAAGUUUCACUUCAAAAGAUUUACAGUGCUGUGUGCCUGUAAGUUUGCCAAGAAGGUGGGUAGCCGAAAACCAGGGCAGACACGUCACUAGUCUUGUGAUACAUACUUAUCUGACAAGUACACUGCAGUUUCUGUGGCUAAUGCACACUAAAAAAAAUGUUUCUACGACAUUGAAGAAAAAAUGAGGGAAAACCAGGGCAUGUCAUUAUUCCAGUUCUGUAGCCACAUGGUUUCAGAGUGCAAAAAGCUACAAGUAUAAAAAGCAUAUAAACUUCUUAAAAGGGUUUUAUUAUUUGAGAUUUCAUAAUUUAAAUUAUACACACAUAAUUUUUAUCUUUUGUUUUACUUCAUAUAUUUUAGGAGAUUGAAAUAAUAUUUCUUUUGCAGCUGUUUUAUCUGAGUGAUAGUUACAUGAGGCUUAAUGUUAACAGCAUGUGGGCUGUAUUUAUUGGUGCUUAAUGAAAUUCUAAGAAUUUCAUAACUUUGUAGUUUAAGCUUGAUCUGUUAACUACAGUGUGGUGUGAAUUUCAUCUUGGUUUUUUUUUAAUAUAUAUACAAGGUGCUCGGUAGAAGGACCGACACCAUUUUUUGAGGAAUUGGGGAGGAAAUUGGCUAGUUAUUACUCACUUGAAGUCUCAUCAUGGUUACAAACACAUUAGUAUUAAAAAAAUUUCAUUAUGCACUGUUAUAAUACAAGUUUUAUGGUAAGUUUUGUGUAUGACUUUAUUUACUCAUUAUUACCUGCUCUAACAUUAAAAAGCUGAAGUGGUGCUUCAACAAUAAUAUGUGGUAUAUUAGCAUUUCAUUAAUACUGUGCCAAAAUUGUUAUGUUGCAAGUCUCAGAGAAAUACUGAAAUACAUCCAGCUAAUUUUUCCUGUUAUCUUCAUUGUUUCAGUUUUCACAAUGUAUUCUAUGUAUGUAUCUGGAUAAUGUACAGAUUUUAAAAGAAACCAUUUUUUUUCUUUACAACAAUCAUUCAGCAUUGUACAGUUUUCGAUACAAAUGGAUUGUUUACAGAAACUACACUACCCGACAAUAUUUCCACUUAACCUCAGCCUGGACUGAAUGUGAAUUGUUCUGUUCUUUUUUAUGCUCAAAAAUACCUAGUACGUAUUCUUAGAGAAGAAGUAUUCAUGUUGUGAUUAAAUUAUAAGGUUACUGUAGCACUGUAGACAUUGGUUGUUUAUGAAACGUUAUAUGUAAGCUAGUUAUUAGUAAAAUUGUCAGUUUGCUGUAAACAGUGUAUGUAUUUUGUAAAUGAAAUUUUAUUUAUUUGUUAAUUUUAUAAUGGUUUUUUUUUUUACGUUUGUGACCAAAUUACUGGCAUUCAUGUGAUCUAAAAUGUAUUCAUUAUAUUUGAGAGUUAUAGUUGAAAAGUAAUCAAUUUUACAUUUUCAACUAAUUGUUUUUGUGUGCCCAAAUAGCUUCAGGUAGCUGAAUUUUAUUUUACAGGUUUUUUUUUGUUUGUUUUGUUUGAUACUCUUAAAUGACAAUUUAUGCAUCCAUGUCAGUUGUAGGAUUCUAACUUCUGAAUUAUUUGACUUGGAUAGAUAAUAAUGGCAAGCGCAUGGUUUUGAAGUCAUUUUGCACCCUGUGGGGAGCUACAAAAAUAUGUGUACAUCAUCGAAUAUGUCUGUGUUACACUUAAAAUGUAAGAAUUGUUUAUUUAUUAAAAUGAUAAUUUUCUUUUAAUAUUUUCUAAGCCACUCAAUGGAAAAAAAAAAAUUGUUUCAUUGAGAUUUCUCGAUAUAGUUCUGAAAUACAAAAGAGUAUAGAAAUUUAACUUUUUUUUUACAGAUCGAUGUUUUGAGAACAAUAUACAGUACAUUGUAUUUAAACAUACUCUAAAUUUACUCAAUGUAAUAAUGUUUGCAGGCUUUCACGGCCAUUGUCUGAAGUAGCUUGGCUUCUGGGUUGUAGCUGUGGACAGAAGCCAAGCUAUUACCUACUUACUAAAUGUAAAUUUAAGGAUAAAGUUAUGCCUUAAUGUUUACAGUUCAGAUUAUAAAUUCAAAUUAUAAAUCACACAUUAGUUUUGGAACUUAAUGCAGAAGACAAUUUCACACUGUUUUCUCUUUGAAUUAAAAAAUUUAUGAAAAUAAACUAACUAAAAAACCUUUUUGUGUUGUAAGAUGUCUUUUUUAACUUAUGAAAUUGAUUCAUUAAUUUUUAAUGACGCCUGUAGAGGCACAUUACUAUUUUAAUAUGCACUUAUUUCAUGAGAAGAGUUUACUGUAGUGCCUUUUUAGCAAGUUCAUUGUAUCCAUUUGCCAUCAGUGUGUUGGAUUUAUUACAGAAAGCUGCAAUGUGUGUUUGUAAUCUAAACAUAUCACUUUUUGUGCCUGUAAUUUUCUUAAGUAGUUCAUAUUUCAAUGUGUGUGUUUGUGUGAAUAUCUGUGCAAGUUUUAUAAUAUCUAAUGUGGGAUAUAUUACUUUUGUAACACACUGCUCUGUAAGUUUUCCAACUAGGUAAUUGUACAUUUUAUUCAUCAAAGGAAUUUUCGGAUGUUUGUAAUAAAUACCUAUUUAUGUUGGAA